UUGCAACUAAAUUUUAAAAUCAAAUGGACAAAUAAUAACGCAUAUCACAGGAGGUACGUUUGCCAAGCUGUUUUAGGACACAAAGCAACCGUGUUCUGCCUUGCGUAUUCAAGCAACGGUGACAGAUUUGCGUCCGGUUCGGCUGACAAGAAUGUCAUUAUUUGGAAUGAAAGCCAUGAGGGUAUUUUGCGAUUCAACCAUAAUGAUUCCAUUCAGUGCCUGGCAUUCUGUUCGUCAGAAGUAAUGCUGUUGAGCUGUGCAGUAGCCGAAUUUGGCAUAUGGACGUUGGAGCAGAAAACCGUCAGACGUCACAAAACCCAAGCCAGGAUAUGUUGUUGCACAUGGUCUUUGGACGGCCGGUGUUUCGCGCUCGGCCUGUUCAAUGGUGUCAUCAGCAUCAGGGACAAGUAUGGGGAAGAAAAAAGAAAAAUUGAACGAACUGCCAUUUCGCCAGUUUGGUCCAUGUCCUUAAAUCCAAACAGAGAAAACAAACAAAUCGACUUGGCCGUGGCCGACUGGUCUCCUGCGCUGUCUUUCUACAACUUAAGUGGAGAUCUGGUCGCUGAAGAGAAAAACCUGACCUUCGACCCUUGUUGCAUCGACUAUUUUACCCUUGGCGAAUUUAUCAUUAUGGGAGGGUCAAACCGCAAGGUGUCGUUGUAUACGCAGGAAGGACUGAGCUUGGGAGUGAUUGCCGAAUUGGACUCAUGGGUGUGGGCGUGUCGAACGAAGCCGAACACUCAAUUUGUGGAUCGGUACGUGUACCGCGAAAAUAUGACCGACGUCGUGGUGCAGCACCUACUCAGCGACAAAACAGGUCCUCGGAUAAAGUGCAGAGACUUAGUCCGAAAGGUAGCCGUGUACAGGAACAAGCUUGCGGUGCAGCUCUCUGAUCGUGUUAACAUAUACGAGCUGGAAAACGCCGAAAUGUCGCCCAUCAGCUACCGCCAUACAGAAACGAUUCUGGCCAACUUCGAGUGCAACCUGCUGGUCGUCUGUUACUCGCAUAUUCUGCUGUGUCAGGCAUUGAGCUUCGAGAAGCGAUUGCAGUGCUAUAAUUUCAAAGGCAUAAAGGAGCGGGAGUGGCUGCUGAACUCGCUCAUACGGUACAUCAAAGUGGUUGGCGGCAUCGCCGGUCGGGAGGCUCUGAUCAUCGGCCUGAAGAACGGACAAAUCGUCGAAAUUUUUGUCGACAACCCGUUCCCAGUGGAACUGCUGAAAAUCACGGGAGUGGUCAGAUGCGUCGACUUAAGCCUUCAUCGCCGAAAGGUCGCCGUCGUCGAUGAAAAGAACAUCUGUUUUGUAUACGACAUAAAAUCCAAGGAACUGCUCUAUGAGGAACCGAACGUGACCAGCAUCGCCUGGAACAUUCAGCAUGAAGAUAUAUUAUGCUUCUCCGGAAACGACACGCUGCGAGUAAAAUCAAGGGACUACAAAGUGUACAGUCAGCCAAUGCCGGGUUUUGUUGUUGGAUUUUCGGCCACCCAAGUGUUUUGUUUGCACAUGUUUGUGAUGUCCACCAUCGAGGUUCCUCUCUUCCAUCAAGUGAAGGAGUACAUAAGUCGAAAGUUAUUUCAAGAAGCCUACAGCGUCGCCUGUUUGGGUAUAGUCGAAUCGGACUGGGAAUACCUGGCCGAAAGGGCACUGGAAAACCUCGAGUUCGAGAUUGCAAGGAAGGCUUUCAUCCGAACCAUGAACUACGAGCGUGUCGACAUGGUCGAAAGUGUGAAGGUACUUUCGAGUUGA